AUGGCGCUUUCUUUGAAUUCACAACCUGUAGACCCAAACUUGAUGGUCUUCCUCGGCGAACUUCGCGCUCAGAUCAAAAAAGCCAUGGGGAGCCUCUUUGAGCAAGAAAAGAUGGCAAUGAAUCUCAAAGGAGGCCUUGGAUCCACUGCAUCUCAAAUCUCUAGUCGUGCCUUUCGGAAGAGCUUGCACCACCAGUGGGACGCGCUUGCUCAACUCCUGGGCGAUGCACAAACGGUCUCUCAAGAUGUUCAGAGACUCUGUGGUGACAAAGAACGUCUCGAAAAGGCGAGAUUCUGCGCUCUUCUAUACUUUGUGUCGGCCUCGGUCAAGGAGAUGAGGGACAAGACGAGGCUCCUCUCGACCGGCUUGCCACCACUCGAAACGCCUUACGAUGCCAGUUACACUGAGACUGUCAAAGUCCCACAAAUGGCAGAGUCGAUCACAGAAGGUACCCUAAAACAGUGGACAAAACAGGUCGGAGACACUGUAGAACAAGACGAGGAAGUUGCUACGAUAGAAACCGACAAGAUUGACGUCUCGGUGAACGCACCAAAGGCUGGCAAAAUUGUAGAAUUGUUAGCAAAAGAGGAAGACACUGUCACAGUGGGUCAAGACUUGUUCAAGAUUGAGCCAGGAGAAGGCGGAGGCGCGUCGUCUGCGCCGGCAGCCAAGGAAGAACCGGUUGCUCCUCCACCAAAGAAGGACGAACCGACGCCUCCGUCGGACAAGAAGGAAGAUGCAAAGGCUGCAGAGCCUACUACGCCUCCGCCACCGAAACCAGAACCAAAAGAGGCUCCAACGCCUGCACCGAAACCCAAGGACGAAAAAGUGCCGCCACCGAAACCAAAGGAGGACAAGCCGUCGGCACCUGCAGCUGCUCCGCCCGUCCCUGGUAGCCGCAACGAGACGAGGGUCAAGAUGAACCGAAUGCGUCUACGCAUUGCCGAGCGACUCAAGGAAUCGCAAAAUACGGCGGCAUCACUCACGACGUUCAACGAGAUUGACAUGUCGUCGCUCAUGGAGAUGCGAAAGCUGUACAAGGACGAGGUGCUCAAGAAGCACGAUGUCAAGUUGGGAUUCAUGUCGGCGUUUGCAAAGGCGGCGUGCCUCGCGCUCAAGGAAAUUCCUGUUGCCAAUGCGGCGAUUGAGGGAGACAGUAUCGUCUACCGAGACUAUGUCGACCUCAGCGUGGCGGUCGCAACGCCAAAGGGCUCGUGA